GCUAACUUCAUUCAGAUCUACAUCUGUUUUGUGUCAAAAUAAAAUUAAAAUGGAGGUUGCUGCAAUUAUUUUUACAUAAUAAUUCGUGUGGUGUUUUUCCCAUCAUGCCUAGCUGUGUUUAAACAAUUGCCUGGUCAAGGAGUGAGAAAAGUGUCUGGACAUUGAGCUGAAGAUAUCAGGGUGUGUGCAGUGUAGGUUGAAGUGUUGGAAAAACAUUGGGCAAGUUUUUUGGGAGAGAGAGUGCGAUAGCCCAAGAAGGCACAAAAAAGGCCAAGAGAGACGUCCAAUUUGGGCCCAAAAGAGCUCGCAAUUGAGAGUACUGACGAGCCAGGGAGAACGACCAGGGAAUAUUGAAUUGUAUCGAGUCUAAGGAAAUUAUCUCAAAAUUGAUUGCGACAAAAUUACUGCGGGGCCACCGCGUAAGCGUAAACGCAAGUCGGCCAUUGUAGAGGAACAAGCUAGCAGUAAACAGGCAAUCUUCGGUGAUAGGAAGUUUGAGGGUGCUGGGAGGACUGCAACAAUGCAACAAGAUUUAGCUACUGGUGAGUUAGUCCAUAGCCCAAUCAUUGGCCACUUGUCCGGACAACUCCAAGUAUGCCAUUGCCCCAAAUAGAAAAAAUCUAUCUUAUGUUAUUCUACCAUUUUAUCGAUGAGACUCAUACACUCUCCCAAAAAUGAAAAUCUCACUGAACACAUUGACUUGGGGCCUGUGUGGCAGUUUUUUUUGGGUGAUAUCCCCCCUAUUUUCAUUGGCUGCCUGCCCUGCCUACGAGAUACCCAACAAUUCCAUUCAAUCCCAGGUCAAUUUCCCCAUUCAAAUGCACUUCCUCUCCUCCCUGACAUCCAUCCCAGAGAUCCCCAUUUUCCUCUCUCGCCCCAAGGCAAAAAGCAAACACCAUAAAAGACUGCAAAAUAUUAGCUUAUUUUCUCUCUGUCUCCUUUGUGUCUCACUCGCUCCCAAGGCAACAUUCAAGUGUGAACAAAGUCCAGUGAAUUCGUGGCCAGAAACUCCAACGUGUAUAUCAAUGUGGUUCAGUCUCCGAUGAGCUGUCGACGGGAUCUCAUCCGCAAAAAAAACACACAGUGUGUCCAUUUGAGCCACAUCUUCAGGCUUUGUUUUCUUAUCCCAAUGUCUUUGUCUCGCUCUUUCCCUUCUCGAGAAUCGUCGUAAAGAAAAAGCUCCCGUAAGCUCCCUUCAACAAAAAAAAACUGCCCAGUGAUUUCUCUCAUUCUCUCUCCUUCGUCUCUCGAAGUUUUGGGAACAGUGGCUGAGCAGAGAGACAGAGAGAAUCUUUCAAGUGCUUAAUAUUUUUCUUCUGACCAUAUUAUUCAGUGCUCGAUUCCCAAAGAGACAAUAAAAAUCAUAGUGGAAAUUGAGGAGUGAAGUAAAUGCUAAAUCAGACUGUGGAGGCGAAUAGUGGUGGAGGGAGAAAGAGAAUAAUAUUGGGAGUUCGAAGAGAGGAGAGAAAAAAUGUAAACAAAGACACUCAGCUGCUCAAUGAGAACAGCCUGUGGUACCCAGGAAAAAAAACAGUGAUAGACUUCAUUUAGCUUGUGCAAACGGCUCGGCGGCUGGCUCCUCACACAACAGCUCCACAUCAGAGAUGCAGGAGGAUGUGCAUGCAAAUGGGAAUGCUACAGAGGGUGAGGAUAAGUGUAGCUAUGCAAAUGGUGUCCCACGGACAACAGUUCACUUGGAUCAGACAGAAAGGGAUAUUGUGCGCCUAAUUGGGCAGCACCUCAAGAUUGUUGGAUUGGAGAGGAGUGCUGAGUUGCUGAUGGAGGAAUCUGGAUGUUGUCUUGAGCAUCCGUCUGCAAUAAAAUUUCGCACACAUGUGCUAUCGGGGGAUUGGGUAAAAGCAGAUCAUGAUCUCCAGGAGCUUCAUCCGUUGAUUGAGGGGAAGCACAAUAGUAUUGGGUUUUCUGUUUUUCAGGAGAUGCGUUUUCUCCUGCUGGAACAGAAGUAUCUGGAAUUUCUGGAGGAAGGACGUCCAUUGGAUGCAUUGCAUGUUCUGAGAAAUGAAUUGACACCCCUUCAGCACAAUACCCCGCGCGUGCAUCAAUUGUCAUCGUACAUGAUGUGCGCCAACAAUGAGGAACUGUAUCAGAGGGCAUCGUGGGAGGGGAAAGGGGUGAAGUCACGCAAUAAAUUGAUGGAUCGACUGCAGAAUUUUCUCCCACCCACCGUUAUGCUGCCACCGAGGCGUCUGCGAUCCCUCCUCAGUCAGGCCGUGGAGAUGCAGACGGAACGCUGCACUUGCCACGACAUGGCCUGGGAGACAAAUAUUGACAAUGUAUCCCUUUUGGUGGAUCACUGUUGUUCCCAGGAUGAAUUUCCCAUGCAGCCACUUCAGGUGCUCAAUGAGCACUGUGACGAAGUUUGGUACUGCAAAUUCUCUCCCGAUGGCCUGAAAUUGGCCACGGGCUCCAAGGAUACAUCAGUGAUCAUUUGGGAUGUUGAUCCCAAGGCAAUGUGCGUCAAACAGCGUCGGACACUGGAUGGUCACACCUACGGAGUGAGCUUCAUUGCCUGGCAUCCAGAUUCAAAGCAUCUCAUUGUGGGCGGUCCGGAAGACUGUCCGGACCUGUGGAUCUGGAAUAUUGAAGAGGAGAAGUUGAGGACGAAAAUGUCUCAUUCACCUGAGGAUAGUUUAACGUGUGCAGCCUUCAGUCAGGACGGCACUCGCUUCGUCACUGGAGGUGUUCGUGGUCAAUUUUACCUUUGCGACAUCGAUGGAACAAUUCACGAUACUUGGGAUGGGGUGCGUGUCAAUGGGCUGUAUUUCAAGUCAGACAAUAGGACAGUAUUGGCAGCCGAUACUCACCACCGUAUCAGAUCUUAUGCAUUCGAUGCUCCACGCGGGGAUCAGACUAUUGUUCAGGAGCAACAUGCAAUUAUGACGUUCUCUGUAAAUUCCUCGGAACGACUGGCUCUGCUCAAUAUCUCGCAGCAGGGACUACAUCUGUGGGAUUUGCAGGAUCGUUGCCUGGUGAGGAGAUUCCAAGGUGUAACGCAAGGCAAUUACACGAUCUAUUCCACCUUUGGCGGUAUUCACGAGAGCUUUGUCGCAAGUGGAAGCGAAGACAAUAAAGUGUACAUCUGGCACAUAAAACGUGAGGAACCCCUGGCUAGAUUGGUGGGGCACACGAGAACGGUCAACUGUGUCUCAUGGAAUCCCGUCUACCCGGCCCUCCUCGCAUCGGCGUCGGACGAUGGGACUGUGAGACUCUGGGGACCUAAAAAUAUUCCUCAGCACGCAACAAAUUCAGAGAGUGAUGAUUGCUCCUCGACGUCUUCUUCAUCUUCCUGUAUGACGACAUAAAAGUUGCUCCUUCUCGAUGUUCGAGAUUUUGUUCUCUUCUUUGGUUACUUUUUUUUUAAAUUAAUUAUUAUUAUUAUUAAAUCUGAUAAAAGAGAAAAUGUAAUUAAAAGAAAUCUUUGGAAACAAAAUGUAAUUGCGAAAAAGCAGAAGUAACUAGAAAAAGUAAAUUUUAUCUUCGAAAAUGUGUAAUAAAGUGAAAGUGUAGAAUUUUCUUCUCAGUUUUCUAAAUUUCAAUGAAAAAAAAUAAUUCUAAUAAGAAAAAUAUAUCGUGUUGAAAUUGUGGAAUGAGAGGAAGAGUGAAAGAAAAAUUAGAAAUAGAAAA